UCGAACGCCUCACAGCCAAAGCGCAAACAAGUUGUGAAGCUACAGGAGAGAGAAGUGAAAGUGAGUACAGUGAGCUCGAGCGCAGAAAAGAGGAUACGGAUAAAAGAAAACAGCGAAAUAUCGCUCUGUCUUAAUUUGUGACAUUAGUCCGGAUAGAGCAGUGGAGCCUGAGUGUUCCUCUUACUGCAAAGUCGAGUCGACUCUCCCUUUUUAAAUGCGGACUCUGUGACAGUUUCGACGCAAACAGCACGAGACAACAUGGACUCGGAGAACGGGAAGAGCCGCCUAGAGAAGACCCAGGAUGAAGUGGAGGAGGUGAAAGUCAUCAUGCUGGCCAACAUGAACAAAGCUGAAGAAAGAUCUGGGAAACUCAAUGAGCUUGAAGACAGGGCUGAUUUGCUGCUGGAAGAGAGUAAAAAGUUUGAAAAGACGUCCACCCAGGUGAAGACAAAGAAAAGAUGGGAGAACAAGAAGAUGAAAGUGGUGCUUAUUGCAGUUGCGGUGGUAGCAGGACUCAUCAUUCUGGGUCUUAUAAUCUUUGCUAUUGUUCAAAGCAGCUAAGGGAAUGACUAAAGGUAAAGCACCUGGGAAGACGAGAGGAACUGUAACUGUGGGACUCCAGCAUCUUGCCUGAACUGUUCUCUAUGACAUAUUUAUGGAGGAUAAUUCCUGUUCUUCACUCUACUGCAAGCCUUAAGUUGAUAUGGUACCGUGGGUUGCUCAGCUGCUUUUUCUUCUUCUUUAAAAGGUGAUGUUUUCAAAACACUGAACAGCCCACACCGAGAGAUUAUAGGUGGAUUUAAAGUCUUAUAAGUUCACUGGAUGGAUAUCAACAGAAUGAAACCAGUCCACUGUCCUCCCAGUGGAAUCUCACUGCCAUGAAUAUUUAUUCAAAUGGUAUCUACAUACUAAGUAGAUACCAUUUGUAUUUUGCCCCCUUUCUUUUUUUUAAGGAAAACUGCAAAUAUUUUGAAUCAAAUAUCACCAAGCUCCUGCUGCGGUGCCCAUGCAUCGCUCAGAAAUGAUCAAGUGAUGAAAGAAAACAGAACAGAUGCCAAACUUUAUAAAUAUGUAUCUCCCUCAGAUAGCUCCACGUGGGAAAGGAGAAAUAAAUGUCUAAAUGUGAUAAAACAGUUUAGCUGUAAAACUUACUGUCCUCACAAUCAUUAAAAUGUUUUUGUGUUUGUUAUUUUUGAGUGGUUUAUUUUAGUGUCAGGUUGCUCUUCUUUUCUUUGCUCAGAUACAAUCUCCAGAUUUCUUCUUCAUGUUGUACUUACAAACAGAAUGUAAGGUCUCCACGUGCCAUGUCAGUAUGUCAUGUGACCAGCACAUGUGGAUGGAGAACAGAUUCACUCCUUGAUCGUCUCAUGUUUGGAGUCCUAUUGUUAAAAAUUUGAAAGUCUGAGCCUGGAGCCCUCAAUAACGGGAAAGACAGUUUCUGUUUAUCUGUAGUCAGAACGAAGAGUAUUAGAGAAAGCAGUGACCCCUGGUGAUUGAUGUUUUCAUUUUAGAGAAACAUGCUAGGUAGAGGCCAAAAACCUCUGUGGAACCAUAAUAUUUAUAUGUGUGGAACUUUCCAAAUAGUCAGGUGACUUGGUUUGUUAACAUAAGAACUAUGUUGACUGUUAUUACUAACUGUCAGUCUGUAACCAAAUAUUAGAAACCCCAUGAAGAUAUUAACAUCAGCCUACACACACACAUAUUGUAACUGGACAUUUAAUAAAAGAGUGGAUUACUCUUACAGUUCACUAAUGCGUAGGCAUGUGUCACCUUCACUCUAGCAGGAAAUUACAAAGACAUGCUGUGCAGCGAGGCCAGACAGUGAUAUUGCGAGGUGAAAGGUGAUUGUUUUAGAGCUUUAAUAUGUUCACACGAUUCACUGUGGCUGCACUACUGUGCUUGGAGUUUAUGCUGUUAGAAUCUGUGUUGCCUGUGUUAUUAUGGUUAAUGAUUGUGUAACAGUCUGCAUGUCAAAGUUACCAAUUCUGUGUUCUUUUGUUAGCUCAUUAGACCAAAAUCAUUUCUGGAUAACCGUGAGAGUUACUGACAACAGUUUCCCUGGGAAUAAAAUAUGUUAUCAACACAAUGUGCUUUAUAGCAAA